AUGGACCUGCUGCACAGUGCUGGAGUGCAGGUGGUGCAGUACCUGCAGGAGAACUACCAGGGCUCCCAGGGCUGGUUCCUCUUCAUCUCCUUCGCUGCCGACCUCAGAAACACCUUCUUCAUCUUCUUCCCCAUCUGGUUCCACCUCUGCGAGGCGGUGGGCGUCAAGCUGAUCUGGGUGGCCGUGAUCGGGGACUGGCUCAACCUGGUCUUUAAGUGGAUCCUCUUUGGGCAGAGACCCUACUGGUGGGUCCAUGAGACCAAUUACUAUGGCAACGCCUCCACCCCUGUGAUCCAGCAGUUCCCCCUCACCUGUGAGACCGGCCCAGGAAGCCCCUCAGGCCACACCAUGGGUUCUGCUGGAGUCUACUACGUCAUGGUGACUGCCCUGCUGCCCUGCGUCCAGGGCACCCGGCACGGAUCCUGUGCAGCCAGGUGCCUCCGCGGCCUCCUAUGGCUUGUGUUCUGGGCCGUGCAGGUCUGCGUCUGCUUGUCCCGAGUCUUCCUAGCUGCUCACUUCCCCCAUCAGGUGAUUGCAGGUGUCAUCUCAGGAAUGGUAGUAGCAGAAGCAUUUGACCACAUCCACUCCAUCUACAACGCCAGUCUCCGGCGGUACCUGGGCACCACCCUCUUCCUGUUCAGCUUCGCCCUGGGGUUCUACCUGCUGCUGAAGGCUCUCGGUGUUGACCUGCUGUGGACCCUGGAGAAAGCCAAGAGGUGGUGUGACCGGCCGGAGUGGAUCCACAUUGAAACCACCCCCUUCGCCGGCCUCCUUAGGAACCUGGGCAUCCUGUUUGGGCUGGGGCUGGCCCUCAACUCCCAGAUGUACCUGGAGAGCUGCAAAGGGAAAAUGGGUCAGCAGCUGCCCUUCCGCCUGAGCUGCAUCCUGGCCUCGCUCCUUGUCCUGCACCUCUUCGACUCCUUCGACCUCCCCGCAGACAGAGAGCUACUGUUCUAUGUCCUGUCCUUCUGCAAGAGCGCCGCUGCCCACCUCUGUGCUGUGGCACUCAUCCCCUACUGCAUUGCCCAGGUGCUCAGGAGGGGCGACAAGAAGAGCUUGUAG